GCACAAUUUAAAUUCGCGCUUUUCAUGAAUGCGCCAUUUCAUUGUGAUUUCCGGUGACUGAGACGCGCAAUGAAUAUUGGACUUCAUAGUGCUUUCUUCUUUUCCGGUUCUAUUGGAACGUAUCUCAUAUUUGUGCAAAAUGGCAAAACGCACGAAGAAAGUUGGAAUCACUGGUAAAUAUGGUACUCGAUAUGGUGCUUCUCUUAGAAAAAUGGUCAAAAAAAUGGAAAUUACUCAGCAUAGUAAAUAUACUUGCACAUUUUGUGGCAAGGAUGCUAUGAAACGAAGUGUUGUGGGUAUUUGGUCUUGCAAACGAUGUAAAAGAACUGUUGCUGGAGGUGCAUGGGUAUAUUCAACAACAGCUGCUGCUUCUGUCAGAUCUGCAGUAAGAAGAUUACGUGAAGUUAAAGAACAGUAAAUAAAUUUAAAUGAAUUUCAUAUAAA